GAGAAUGAGUUUUUUAUUAAGAAGAAACAUUUCGAUAAUAAUUGUGAUCGUUAUGUUCCUUUUACUUGUUUUAAAACACAUAAACAUUGAUACCAACCAGCGAAAAAUUCGCAGAAAGAAGAAUAACUCUGCAUAUCAUGUGAAACAAACAGAUAUUCGAGUAGCCUCCCCUAGAAAGCGCGGUGAAAUGAAAACAAUACAAUGGUUUGACACGUAUCAUGAGGGACACGGGUUGCGCAUGAAAGCACACAAUGUGAAAAUGAGAAAAUGUGAAUAUAGAAAUUGUAAACUGUUAGACCAUGAAAUCGUCCCUGUACGGGAUAACGUUGUGUACGGGCCUCUAGACGCAGAUGCUAUCAUCUUCCAAGGAUGCCAUCUUGGUCAAAUAAUGCCACCGGUUCGACGGGAUAACGAUCAAGUUUUUGUGUUUGCAGAAAGAGAAACGUGGUGGUACAUGGGAGCCUUUGAAAGAAUGAUGGACCCGGCUUUAAAUAAAACUGAAAAACGAAAGAAAGAUAAAUCGCUUGCAAUGCGCAUGCCUGAUGUAUGGAAAAACCCUGAAAAAUACAUCAAUAUAUUUCGGUUCCGAAGUGUUUUUAACUGGACCAUGACUUACCGGCGGGAUUCGGACAUAUUCAUGCCAUAUGGAGAAAUUCUAACAAACCAGGAUGCGGUAAAUCAAGGUUUAACAACCCGCGAUGAAAUACAGCUAAGGCUUGGGAAGGAUUAUGACCGCAUUUAUUACACGAAAUCCAAAGAUGUAGUCUGGCUUGUGAGCGAUUGCGAAACGAAAUCCAAGCGUGAAUAUUACGUGCAGAAAUUAAAAAAGCACAUCAAUGUUGAUAUUUAUGGUGAUUGCGGAACACUGUCGUGCCCGAAAGGAAAUUAUAACGAAGACGACAAACAUAGUUGUAUGUAUAAGAUAAUAAGCGAAUAUAGGUAUGUUUUGUCAUUCGAAAAUACGUUCCAUACAGAUUACGUCACGGAAAAGCUUUUUGAUUGGUUCCCGAAAGAUAUCAUUCAAGUCGUCUACGGAAUGGCCAAUUAUGACGUCAUUACCCCGCCUCAAACCGUCAUUAACGCUGCGGAAUUUCAUUCACCGGAAGAGUUGGCACAUUUUCUGAAAACUCUAGGUGGUAAUAAGAAUAAGUAUAUAAAAUAUUUGAAGAAUAAGUCCAAGUUUUAUUCUGCUAAUUUGGAGCAAAUGCAGCAGAAAGCAUAUUGUAACUUAUGUGAAAAAUUAAACCAUAUAGACGCCAACAGACGCUCGUAUUCAAAUAUAGGACUUUGGUGGCAGCUAAACGACACGUCAGCAUUUCAAAAUUUAUAUUUACAAGCGUUUGGAGUUCGUGAAAGCAAAAGGUCAAGACUUUUCAGAUUUGCUUUCUAUCUCAUAGGAUUGACAUGUAUUUUCAUGUUUCUAUCGCUGCUUUGUACAUAUCUGAAAGAUGGGAGACAAAAUAACUUGCACACAGCAGUGAUGAGCCACGGCGUGUAG